UUUGAAGACUCCGCAUGGCUCCUCGACCGCGCACAUCGACUACCCAGACCAGCUAGAUUCUCAGCAGACACCCCAAAGGACGUGAUUGCAAGAUUACACUACUACGGCUCUAAGGAGCAACUCAUGACCGCAGCAUGGAAGAUAUCCAACUUACCUGAACCGUACCAAAGUAUUCAGAUCUUUGCGGAGAGUGGGGGUUCCCAACUAAGCUGCUGGUUUCAUACAGAGGACA